CACCCUCAUCGCCUGGCUGCAGCCGCAGGGCGGCGACGCGAGCACGGAGGACCGCAUCCGGCGCCUGCAGGCCGAGAACGAGCGGCUGCAGCUGCAGACGGCCGUGCUGUCGGAGCGCAUCGACGUGCAGGUGGACAAGAUGGCCGAGCUGGAGGCCGCCCUCGGCGACCGCAAGCGCUCCCUGCAGCAGGCCGAGGACCAGCUGCAGCGGGAAAUGCUCUCGAGAUCUUCAUUAGAGACGCAAAAGCUUGAGCUGCUCUCCUCUGUAACGGAAUUGAAAAGGCAGCUGGUUGCCUUGUCCAGAGAGAAUGCGGAACUGAGGACCCUUCAGCAGCACAGACCACCAGUAGCCCCUCGCACCUUUUACCCGAGCCAAAGUCAGCUUUUGCGAGACGCAUCACCUUGCCCAGGCAGCCCCUUGCAUCGUAACACUGCCUCACCUGGCCUGGAGCAUGCAGAAAGUUGCAGAGAAAUCAGAGAAUUGACCCGAGAUAUUCCACCUCCCAGGACUCCUCCUGCUAGCUACCGCCAGCGCGUCCAGCAGUACCAUAGUCUUCCCCGGGACUCGCAGGCAGAUGCGUGCUCUCCUCUGGGCGGGGAGUGUGCAGCGCAGACCACAACUGCUACGAAUGGGACAAAUAACGGAACCAACAAUGGCAUCAGUAGUCUAAACACUAGCAACGGCCAAGGCAACGGGGGACUGACCAAGAAGGGGGUGGCCUUUGGUAAAGGUUUUCUCAACUUUGCUCAUCGGGAGCCUAGGAGGGCGCGGGCGGUCGGGGAUAGGUGUUCUUCCACCCCUAAUCUAGCCGAUGCUGAAAGGGCCAUCCAAGAUGAAAAUGAUCGAAGCUUGGCAUUAAGUCUUUCCCCACAACCUAGCCCCUCCCUCUCUGCUUCAAAGAACAAAGGAAUAAAAAAAAUUCUUGGCAGAAUGAAAAGAAGCGGUUCAGGAAAUUUAGAUGAUAUUCACAAUGAAGGGGAAUUCCGGAGAGGAGGUGUCAGGGCCACUGCUGGAGGAAGAUUGGGGUGGUCAUCAUCCUCUAAUGCUCUUAGUGCACGGUCUCAAGUCCCAUUCGCUCAGUGGGACAGGGAGGCAAUUAGUGAGUGGUUGUGCAAUCUGGGUCUGGAGCACUGCGCCCAAGAAGGUCAGGGGUGGAUCGUCAGUGGUGCUCAGCUGCUAUCCUCCUCCCCACAUGACCUCGAGAAAGAGUUAGGCCUAAAGAAUCCUUUGCACCGGAAGAAACUGCGUCUGGCUCUCCAAGAACGCACUGACACUGGUCUCGCUUCUGAUCCUCAGCUAGGACUCGCAGGGCACCUUGACACUUGUUGGGUGCUCCGUUGGCUGGAUGACACAGGGCUGCCGCAGCUUAAAGAUCAAUUCAGUGCAGCGCGCAUUGAUGGAAGAAUGCUGCAUCGUUUCACCAUGGAUGACCUUGCUGCACUUCAUGUGACAUCCCUGUUGCAUGUUGCAAGUAUACGAACUGGGAUUCAGGUUCUCAGAGAUCACAGGUUUGAUUCAAAUUGUCUGGUGAGGAGGUCCGCCCCAUCCGAAGACAUUGAGCAUAUGGAGGAAAAGAAAAAUGGAGAUGAUACAGACUAUUCUGGAGGACCAAAUAAGGAGGUGGUUUUAUGGACAAACCAUCGUGUAAUGGAAUGGCUUCGCGUUGUUGAUCUAGCAGAAUAUGCACCAAAUCUUCGUGGUUCAGGUGUCCAUGGAGGUUUGAUGGUCCAUGAGCCCCGAUUUACUGCAGAGCUACUAGCAAGCCUAUUGUCCAUUCCUCCAAGCAAAACCCUCUUAAGACGGCACCUUAGUACUCACUUUAAGGAGCUCCUAGGAAAAGAGGCAAUUCAAUCAAAGAGGCAAGCUGAGGCUACAUUAGGUUACACCCCUUUGACUCCGACAGCUAAGAUAAAGGUUCCCAAAAAGAGUCAGUUCUCUUUGAAACGGCAGAAGACUAAGGCUGAAGUGGAGUUUGGAGACCUAGUGUGUCCCUUGGAAAGUUGCCCCAUCACUGUUGUGGACAUCAGUUCAGGUGACAGAGGCGUGGGUGAUGGCACGAAAGUAGCGGGUCAUCCAAAGCUCUUGGUUGCUUGUCCGGAAAGUGACGAGAACUUCACAGCACAGGAUUCCCAUAGUGGAAGAACGAGCACUGUCUGAAAGAAAACUGGUAAAAUGGAUCUUGAGCUGGUAAUGGCUGCAGGACCUCAUCAGAAGAGCAACUCUUGAAGACUACAACUAUAGCUCAUGUUGUCAUCACAUAUCAUAUCACAGUGACUUAAAAGACUUGCUUCUUAUUGCCUAGCUGCCAUUGAUGCAGUCUUUGAGUUUGAUUCAAGCAUGUUUAUGUUUCAAUGUGUUUUUGUUUAUUUUUAUAUUGUACUGUACUUAUGUGGACCUCGCAAGUUUUUGGGGGAGGUAAAACAUAGACAUUUGAGGUGUUUUGAUGUCUCCUCACUACUCUUCACCUGUUGCGAUUGCCAUUGGUACAAUUUCAAUUUGUACAAAAGUAAAUUCUUAAAAUGUCCAAGAGUUUAUAAUCAAAUCAGAUGUGACUAUAUGUUUAGUUGGAGUUACUGACUGCCAAACUGCCAUUUUAUUUGAAUGUUCAGUAAGGGUGAGACAGAUUUCACCCUCAGUGCAAGUCCCUUAUCAUAAGCCUAUUUUGUAAAUUUAUUCUCCAAAAUCGGAUAAAUAGCGAUUAUGAAAUUAAAUUUAUUUGCUCUUCUUGACUAUCAUGCAUGUAAAAUAAUUUUCAAAGUAUGCAUUUAUGUAUGAGUAGUUUCAAUUAUCAUGUUAUGGUUAUGAUUUUUUUUUGACAAUCAUGCUUGCUUGUUGUGAAUAUUUAAUCGGAGGUGUUUCAUAUUUAUGGUCUAGUCAAGUUCUUUUUUAUUUCUUAUUCUUCUUACACUUCUAGAAUUUCAUGAGCUUAUCUAUUUUUGUACUGCCAUCGUAACAAUAAAAAUGCUACUUGGAGCAUUUCUGUACACCUGCAGCAGUACUCUAUUAACUUUUAUUCUUUAUCAUAUUAUGUCUUACUGUAUCACCUUCUUGAACCUAUUUGAUGAUAGAAUUGCACCCUACUUGAGUGUGUGUCAUAUUCAUAUCCUUAGUUCUCUAUGGUGUCAUUGUCUUCAGAUGGCAAGAAAAUUUAGUAUCUAUCAAGAUCAUUGGUGUAACCAACAAAGUUAAUCACUUUUAUUGUACAUUCGUCAGUAUUACUCUUUGUGUUUUACCAAUGUUCGGUAUAAAUAUUUUAUAAAUCAUAUAGUAGGUAUACACUGUAGUACCCAUUACAAUCCUUUUUGUUUGCUAUGGAUUGAACCCUGAUUCCUUACAUGGUUUAGAACCAUGUUUAGAAAGUGUUUUUUUUUUUUUUUUUUUGCAUGUUAGUUUUGUGAGGCGCCUGACAUGAAUUCCUGGUUGUGUUGCACAUGACAAAUUAUACUGAGUUGGUCAUAAACUGCUGCUCUACCAGUAGAGCUAUAUAUAAGCAAUAUGUCUGGAAUCCUAUCAUGAUUACUGUGUUUCAUUACCUGUCUCUUAUGGUGCCUUAAAAGCUAUUGUAGUGUAGAAGCAAGUAUUAAAAUUUUCUGAAUUUUGAGUUUUAAUUAUAAUAUGACUGAUGGCUGAUAAGAGACUUGUCUCUUAGCUGCUCUAUGCAUUAAAUGGCUAAGUUUUAAACAUGUGUAUUCAAAUAAGUUUCUGUGAUUAAUUGCUCUUCCAUGCCUGUCUAAUUUCUCUUUAAGUAUUCAAAGAGACUUGGAUUUGAGGUGCUCUUUCUGGAGCUCCUCUUGUAACAAAUGAAAAGUGCCGUCAAAGUUUGAGGUUCUCAUUUGCUUUCUGGAAAAUGAAUCUAAGGACCAAGUACUGUUUAGUUGAAAUCAUUGUCAGUAUGUGGUGACAAUACAAGAUGGUUUUGCCAGCAAAUGAGGCAGGACCUUGACGUUUGACAAUCUUUUACUUUUUAAAAAGAUUGAGCAUUGUGUGCCAAAGAAUUCAUUUUCUUUGCUUUUUAGCAGGUGAUACAUUAUUUUAAAGAUAAACCAUGCAAUGAAUAUGCACUAGACCUGUAUCAUGUUGACGUUACUGUUAAAAACUUGUAUUCUUCAGAUCCUUCUCUUGAAAUGUACAGCAUGAAGUGAGAUAUUUUGUACUAAAGUAACACCUUGGUCAUCUUGCAAAUGUAGAAAAAAUGUCAAGUAACGUGAAUUGUAUAUCCAAACUGACCCCUCUGCCAAGUUUUCUGUGUUCAUGUUUAAAUUGAAAAUCAUGGCUAGAGUAAUUGUGGAUGUCUUCUGUACACGAAAAUGUUAAAUAGAUGUAAAUUAAUCAGUGUUGCAA